CCUGUCUAUAUCCCAACCACUUUCUUCCUGGGAAGGAAGACGCAGCCAAACCAAAAGGGAACCCAGCUUGCCCUCCUUCACCGGUUAUUAUUAUUAUUAUUAUUUAUAUCGGAUAUAGUAGCAACUGCUCUCUUUAUAGACUACCCACGGUAUUUCUACUCCACUCUGGCCGCACACCCCAACCAGCCAACUAUACAUCCUAUACACACAUCGUGGAGCGGACUUUGAGAUGCAAGACUCGUUGCUGAACGCAUACAUCUACGAUUUUCUUCGCAAAAAACGGUUGCUGAAGACCGCGCUGGCAUUGGCCGAGGAGUGCGGCAACCUGCCACUUGCUCAGGUCGUGCCCAGUGAUCCGCGCGUGCCUGACGACACACCGGCCGGCGCGGGCGCAGCAAAGGCGAAGGGCAAGGCCGACGGAGACGCAAGGGAUGGCGCCAGUAGUAAAUUCACUCCGCCGGCACAUGACUCAGCGAGUCCGGCCAAGGGCGAUGGAGCGAAUCCCGCAGACCGGCCAAAGGGCAAGCCUGUGCCGGCCGUCAACGUGCCGCUAGACAUGGCCAACACAUUCCUGGGGAAUUGGUUUGAGCUCUUUCAUUGCAUGGCACAGGCCUACUCCGAUCGCCAGCCGGCGGCCAAUGUGCCCGAUCUCAUGCGUACGUACGUGCAGCACCAGCAGAUGCGGAAGGGGCAAAAGCCUGCUGCCACACAGCUGAAUCCGAAUGGCAAGCGCAGCGGCUCACGUGACGACGCGGAUACAGCUGGAGUUUGUUCAGAGCAGGUGGACGCUGCCACGAAGCGGAUACGGUCAAACAACGGCGAGAGCUCGCCGCAGAGUGCCGCGCUGGUGGCAAAGUACACACCGUUUCCUGAUGGGUCUGAUCACCAGCAGCAGCACCAGGAGCAGCAGCAGCAGGCAGCGACAAACGGCGUGCCGACGAUUCCCCACGGCCCUGGCGUCAACAUGCUCCCGCUAGGCGGGCACAUGCUGUCCAACGACUAUACGCAGUAUCUGUCACGCAGCCUGAAGGUUGUCAGCGAGGGCACGCAGGCUGCCGGCACAGCGCACCAGGCACAUAGCAACGAGCAAGAUGUCCGAGUCAAGGUCGAGCCCAAUUCAUCGCCUGCAGCCCAGUUGAAGUCUAACAACAGUGUUUCAGGACAGAGUGAAGCAUCUACACGGUCGCCGCCUGGUCCGAAGCAGCAGCAGCAGCAGCAGCAGCAAUCACAGCCGCAGGCGCAGCCACAGCCGCAACCGCCCACAGCGCCCCGGACGAGUGCUACACCGUUGAACGCAAAGAUGACAGAGACGCAGGCGCAGCCACCGCCGAUUAAGCACGCUCAUACAUUUGCAUCCCCGCACGUAGCGAAUGCCAAUAUCCCACGGCUUGUGCCAAAUCAGCGCACGGUCAGCCAAUCCAUGGGUGGCAGUCCAAAUGUAUCGGGAGUCGCCACAGCACAGGCAGCUCAGCGGCUGAUAUCGCCACCGCCGUCUAUUACUUCGCCAAUGAUUCCCAAUGCAGCUGCACACAAUGAUCUGCGCCGCGCAUCGGUUGCCUCCAUGACGUUUGGCAUGCCGCCCCAGCCACACCAGCAGCAGGUGCAUCCCGGCCAGCUUCAGCGUGUCGGAUCGGUCGGUCCGCCUAGCCAGCUCAUGCACCAGGCGAUCCCCGGCAACUUUUCGGGUGCUAUGCCCCAGCCAGGGAUGGGUGCUCCGGGACAGGGCGAAUUCAGCUUCAAUAGCUCGUCAACGGUUCUGGCAGCAGCAGCAGCAGCGGCGGCGGGAUACCCGAUGGCUUCGAUAGCGGGUGCCCCGAAUGCUGCUAUGCUUGCAUAUUUCCAAAACCAGCAGCAGCAUCAUCAACAGCAGCAGCAGCAACACCAACACCAACACCAACACCACCAACAACAACAGCAGCAGCAGCAACAACAGCAGCAACAACAGCAGCAGCAACAACAGCAGCAGCAACAACAGCAGGCAGCGAACGCGGCUGUAACUUCACAUCCAGAGAUUAGCACAGUAGGCGCCCCGAGCUCGUUGCAGAUGGACCAAGCAUCUCGGCCACAGGGACAGCCAGGCGUGCCCACAAACCUGCCGCCUGGGAUGCAGGUGCCUAAUGCCAAUCCGUUUGCGAUGCUGAGCCCGCAGAUGGCCGUUCAAGCCGAAAAUCAGGGGUAUCCGCAUGGUGUUCCGUCUCAGACGCUUCCAGCCAACCAGCCGCAAGUGCAGCCACAGAUACAGCCGCAGACGCAGCAGCAACAGCAACAGCAGCAGUUUCAGUUCCAGCUCCAGCACCAGGUGCCUGGGCCGCAUGGUGCCAUCCCACCGGGUCAUAUGGCGAUGCAGCGCGGCGGCAUGCUUGUAGGCAAUCUCGGACCUGGCGGGAUCCGGCGCCCUGGUACUGGCGAGCCCGACAAUAGCGCACCCAACCAGGGGCUGAUGAUCAUCUCGUCGGCACCAACUGCUUCAAUCCCGACCUCGGCCCCUACACCUGCCACGGCUCCAAAGAAGGCGGCUGCGAAACCCAAAUCACGCAAAUCCACGAAGAAGGGGGCAAAGGGCGUAGCAAACAAGUCGCAGGCCACGUCGAGCCCCGCUAUGGUUAUGCCGGUAGGUGCGGGUCCCAUGUCUGCACUAAACCCACCGCCAGCACCAGUGAACCGCAACAACCCGGCAGCCGGAAUCGAGCGCGUUGCUUCCCCAUACACUAUUAAAAGUGGGGUUGUCAGUAGCAACAGCGGGAGCAGCGGUAAGGCUAGUGCCAGUCCAGCCUUGGCCAUGAAGGCGCAGCAGCAGCAGCAAGUGGCCAAUGCCAUUGCCACCAGUGCCGGUGGAACGAAUCCAAUGAUGGGCGUGGCCAAGCCUAAUAUCAAUACGCCGUCGCCAUCGUUUGCAAACAGCAGCAUUGCAGGCCGCAAUCUGGUCAUGGCCAGUGAGGGGGGUGAUGCAGGUGAGAGCACGCUCUCGUCGAUACUGUCGCAGCGGGGAAAUCAGGCAGCCCAGCAGCUCCCGAUUCAGAUGAUGGCUGGCACCACGCCUGGAUCGACAGGCGACUUGCAGACAACGGAGCCGAGCGAUUUUGGCGCCCUCCAGCUCAGCGACUGGCUUACCGACGGGAACGGGGACUCGCUCAGUGACAUCUUCAACUUUGGUACGUCACUUGGCGACCAGCAUGCGAGCAGUGCGCAGGCGAUGGGCGGGUUCAGCCUGGGCGACGCCAACUUUGCUCAUCUUAUUGGCAGUGGCGGAAUCUCGGGGGCGAUGCCGAUGCCGCUGAACAUGGGGACGACGUCGGCACCGGCGGAUGGUAGCUCGGUGGCUCCUGCUGCCACACAAAACAAUGUGUAGAUUAUGCUCGAGGAGGACUUGCAAGCUGCGUGGUUCGCCUUGGUUGUAUAAAAGGAACAAACGCCUUAGGGCUACCAGUGGUUGCAGAGGAGGGGCCGCGCUUAGCAUCUGGAUAUGGAGCCGGGCUAUUCUAGAUACCAAGCUGCUUUCAUGUACUUGCUCUGCCCCUUCCUCUCCCCAAAAAUCUAACCUCUCACUCUAUUUCAUCUAUUUCUUUUUAUUUCCGCUACCCCCUUCACCACCACAGUCCUAAUAAUAACACCUAUGUAUUACUCCCUCCUUUUCCCUCGCGUUGCUGCAG